ACACACAGUCAUGAAGUUCUCAACUGUAGCUACCGCUGCCACAUUGGCAAUUGCCUCUGUGAAUGGUCUUAGCAUUCCAAACCCAUUGUCGUCGCUCCAACAAACCCUCAAGUUAGAAAAUGCCUUCGAAGCAGCCGAUAUCAAACAAUUUAUCGGUGAUAUGAUGAAACAAUCGCUUCCCAUGGAAACCAAGAAGUUAUGGUCGGAAAUGAUGUUGAAGUUCCCCGACACCAUGUCCAAGUUAUCCUUCAAAGGUCCCCCAGCCAAGAAGUUGAGAAACCUCUCUUCGCAAUUUAUCCAUGUCUUGGAUGACGCUUUCCCCGGGCACGGCUUGAGAAUCAAGUCCACUCCCGAAUCCCUCGGUAUUGACACCGUCAAGCAAUACAGUGGGUACUUGGAUGUCAAGGAGGAAGACAAGCACUUUUUCUACUACUUUUUCGAAUCGAGAAACGACCCUGCCAACGACCCAAUCAUCCUUUGGCUCAAUGGUGGUCCAGGCUGUUCCUCCAUGACUGGGUUGUUCUUUGAAUUGGGCCCUGCUUCCAUCAAUGCCGAAUUGAAGCCAGUCCACAACCCACACAGUUGGAACAACAACGCCUCGGUGAUUUUCCUUGAUCAACCAAUUAACGUUGGUUACUCAUAUUCCUCAGGCUCCGUAUCCAAUACCAUUGCUGCUGGUAAGGAUGUUUACGCCUUCCUUGAAUUGUUCUUUAAGCACUUCCCACAAUACUCCAAGUCGCAAUUCCACAUUGCUGGUGAAUCCUACGCUGGUCACUACAUUCCAGUUUUCGCCACUGAAAUCUUAUCCCACCCAGAACGUUCCUUCAACUUGACUUCAGUGCUUAUUGGUAACGGGUUGACUGAUCCUUUGGUUCAAUACGAAUACUAUGAACCUAUGGCCUGUGGUGAAGGUGGCGAACCAUCCGUUCUCUCUCCUGAAGAAUGUCAAGCCAUGAACAACUCCAUUCCAAGAUGUACUUCGCUCAUCCAGUCGUGUUAUGACUCCGAAUCGGUGUGGUCAUGUGUCCCAGCCACCAUCUACUGUAACAAUGCCCAAAUGGGUCCAUAUCAACGUACUGGCCGUAAUGUGUACGACAUCCGUACCAUGUGUGAAGGAUCCAACUUGUGCUAUUCCCAAUUGGAAUACGUUGACCAAUUCUUGAACCAACCAGAAGUCAUGGAAGCCUUGGGUGCUGAAGUUGAGAAAUUUGAAAGUUGCAAUACAAAUAUUAACAUGAACUUUAUGUUUGCCGGGGACUGGAUGAAGCCAUACCACACUCGUGUUGCUGAGUUGUUGGAUGCUGACUUGCCAGUUCUUAUUUACGCUGGUGACAAGGAUUUCAUUUGUAACUGGUUGGGUAACCAAGCAUGGACUAACAGGUUGGAGUACAAGAACGCCAAGGGGUUCUCCAAGGCUGAAGUCAAGAAGUGGAAGGUUGGCGGUAAGGCUGCUGGUGAAGUCAAGAACUUUGACAAGUUUACAUUUUUGAGAGUUUACGGUGGUGGUCAUAUGGUUCCUUUCGACCAACCUGAAAGCUCAUUGGCUAUGGUCAAUAGCUGGGUUGCCGGAGACUAUGCCUUGGCAUAAGCGUAAAUCGUUAGCUUUUAUAAGUCGAUUAUAUAACAGUAAAAUUUAGUAUAAUUCGAGAGAUACCCGAAGCGAAGUGAUGAGAGAUGUGAUGUUGUCAUGUAGUAACAGCCGAAUACACAAAAUAUUAGCCGGAGAAUACGAAUUCUUUGCGAGACAGUGGGGAUGGUUCGUAAAUGUGGCCUCAUGCACCGAAAUCGAAAUCGAAAUCGCAAUUAAAGUUGGCAGUUGGCAGUUGGCAGUUGGCAGUUGAUGUCUCGCUACGACUUUUCUUGGUAUACUUCUGCGCGUGUGCUACUGUCUAUAACUCAAGCUAUAACUCAGGAUAUAACUGCAGACAAACUUGAAGGAGUUCCCGGUAUAACUCUGGAAUAAUAACACAACCCGGAUUAGUCAUUCGAGCCCUAUUGUUUAGCUGGUCCGUCAGCCGUGUAAAUAACGUAUGUUAUUUGUCUGUGCAACUGACAGAGUGCCUAGUAAAUACCCGUAAAUACCAAGAUCUACACUAGUGUGUU